UGUUAUAUUGUAGGAAUGACAAUGACGCUCGUGUGGUUGUUUUGUGCAUUUGCCUUGAUGGUUGGAGGGAUAUUGGGAUUUGACCACACAGACUGGCGUUUCGUAACAACCAGUUACAAAGGAGAGAAGGUCAAUGGGGUCGUAGGUCUCAAUCGGCGCAGUAUGUUGAUGAUACCCGAUCCAGUGGAUAAAGCAAGCAAAUGCAACCGAAGAACAAUUAACCAGCACGACUUUGAGAAGCGCUUGGUAGCCAUGAAGGAUCCAAGUAACACGGGAAUUGGUGGUGAAGCCACUCGGGAAGAAGGAGACUCUAUGCAUACACGAAGAAGGCCCUGGACAGUGGGGGGUGAGUGCCCUUCCGACACGACUCGCCGAAAUUAA